AUGACUGUGACGCUACUUGCAGAUCUGAAGGACAAGUAUGAGUUACGAGGUUGCGAGGAUGUGUAUCGAAGGUAUCUGGAUUUCAUGCCUGAAAUGAUCUUCUAUCCAUGGCUUGAAAUUGGACGGAUUUGCGAAGUGAGCUAG